AAGAAAAGGCGUGAUGACAGUGGCAACGUUGAUUUGAGACUGGCAAAUGUAUCCAUGCCAUCGUUUAGAAUAUGUUUUAUCCCUGCAAAGACCUGUCAGUGGGUGGCUAAAUUUGACCCUCGUGAUACCCUGCUGUCUAAAGUCAUGAGAGCGCAUGUGCGCAUAUGGCAUAGCAGAAGUGGGAGAGCUAUACUGUACUGGGAGAAAACAAGCAUCAAAACACUAGUCUUUUGCACUUUCCGUGGAGCUUGAAGGAGAAGCUUCACAAGGAUGGCAAGUGUGCUGUGCCGUAGAGCGAGACUGGUGUCACAGAUCUCCGGGAUUCACGGAGCCCAGAGGGUGCCUCCUGCCCGAGCAUUCUCCGCCGCUGGGUCGUCGGGGUCGGACGAGCCCUAUGUUGUUGUAUCGUCACAAGAUACAGCAGGACCCAGAACCAUAUGGCCUGAUGAGCACAUGGGCCCAUUCGGUCAAAAGGAUCAGCGGUUUCAGUUGCCAGGCAACGUAGGCUUUGCCUGCCAUCUAGAGGGGACAGGACCCUAUAAGAAGGGCCCGGUCCACCGGACGGUCCCUGAUGUUCUGACCUCCCCGUCCAACAGUGAGAGACACGAGUUUGUGCUGGCACAGUUUGUGUCUGAGUUUCAGGGAAAAGAGAUUCCUUUGGUCGCCCAGAGGGUGAGCAGAGCGGAACAGUACUUUGACCACUCAAACAUCGAGUGCUCAAUGCAUCCGUGCCCAGAGCUGUUAAAAAAAGAGUUGGAGUUGUUUUUCCCAGCAGCACCUGCGGGUAGUCUCAUGGUUGUCACGGUGACACAGAAGACCCUGGGAAUAGAAGGCGAGGACUUGGACCUAGAAAGACAACAGCUCUUAGAUAAGUUUGUGAGCGGUGCUAAAGAGUUAUGCUUCACCUUGUGGAGAGGUGGAUUCUGGGCCGACUUCAUAAAUCCCACCACGGGACAAGCGCACUUUGGCUACACCUCCAGCGACAGCGUCCUAAAGAUGGCGGAGUCCGUGCGGCACUUAGGGUUCCGCAUCGAGGAGCUGGGCUCGUGCAAAGUCAUCCGGCACGUCUUAACGGGCACGCAUGCGUUCGCAGGAACCCUGUUCACCAACGCCCCCUCCAACAGCCACAUCAUGGAAAGCCUGCAAGGACACUCGAGUGCGUAUGAGGAGGCGGACAUUUAACCUUGUAACACUUCAGUGAAGCACGUACACACAACACACACACACACACACACACACACACACACACACACACACUAACACACACUCAAACUGUGAUUCGCUGUUCUUACAGCUGGUAGUUGGCCUUGGUGAACUUUGAAA